AUGACUGAGGUGCCUGAGAUAGAGGAGACCAAGAUAGCAGAGCUGCAAGCUGAGGUUGAGAAAGCUAAAAAGGAAGUGGAGAGAGAAGCGCAGGUGAUCCGUGAGCUGCGUCAAGCUGAAGGCCUGCGUGAGCAAAAGGCACAAAUGCUGGAAGACCUCACUGGUCAAUUGCAGCAAGUUCAUGAGGAAAAGGCGGCGGCCUGCCAAGAGCGUCGCAAGGGUGCCGCGGCCAAGCUGGGCUGGUUGCUGGAGGUGGCGUGGCAGAGGUGGCGUGGCACAGCUUUGUGGCAAGCAGUGCGUCAUAUCGCUGAGCAAGCAAAGUCGCUCCAACGGAAAGAACGGGUGAUCGCUCGAAGUCAAGCAGUUGCAGCGCUGUCCAGCUGCUUGCUCUUGUGGCGGCAAGUAAGCGCAUCCAGCCGCGCGGAGCGCGCCGCGCAGCAGCACUUGGAGGAGCUCCAGCGGCUCCAGCUGCGAAGUGCGCAGGCGCACGCGCAGCUGGCGCAGCGGCAGCUGCGGCGAAGCUGUUUGGCGUGGCGUUUGGAGGUGCGACAGAGGCAGGAGGACCGGAAGAAGGCAGAGAUGGCACAGAAAGCCACAGCUUUCAUGGCCUCCUUGCCAUCCUCAGCAUCAUCCGUAGCUGCUCCUGCUCCUCCAGUCGAGUCGGAUGUUGCGAUUGGGGAAAACGACGGAGCUCAGGCAGCUCAGGCCAAACCGCGCGCACGUGCAAAGUCAUGUCCGAAGAUCCUACUGGAUCUUGAGCAGCGGGCAGAAGAGCGCCGGAAGUCACAGGCAGAACGACGUCGGCGGAGGAACUCGCAGAAUCCGCCGGAACCGGAGCCGACCCAUCCGCCGCACGUGCCACUCACUUCGGCACCCGCGGCACCCGCGGCACCGGAAUCUCAGCUGGAGGGCAGUGAAGCGAGUGCAGCUGCCACUGAAGGCGCAGAGAUCUCGGUGGCACCACCUGCGCCUGCAACAGGGCCUUCGACAGUGCCGGCAGCCAAAGCGAGACCAAGGGCAUUGAUUGAGAUGGAAAAGCGCGCCCUGGAGCGACGGCAGGCGCAUGAGCUGCGGCGGCAGCAGCAGAAGCAGAAAGAAGAGGAGCGCCGGCAGAAGCAGGCGGAGGAGGAGCAGAGGCAGCGAGAGGCCGAAGAGGAGGCCAAGCGCGAGAAGAUCCGCAUGCAACGGCACCAGCAGCGGGAGCAACAGCGACUCAAGGCGCAGAAGUUGGUCGAUGCAGCAGUACGCAGAGACAAGGAGCGAUCUGCUCACGAGCUCUACAUCUUGCACCGGUACAUUCGAGUUUGGUGCGCCUUGCGGCAAGAAGUGAGCCAAGGGCAGUUUUGGGGACUACUGGCUUGGAAUCGCCGGCGGAGCGUGCUCAUGAAGAUGUGCUUUUGCUCCUGGCAGCGUCAUCAUUGGCACCUCCACAACGCCCGCUGCGCUGCGCGCCUGGCGCGUGCGCAUUUGGCCGUGUCGUGGUUGGCUCGACGCCACGCCUUCCGGUGCAUUAUUGCGGUGUUACAGGCGUACCAGAUGCAACACCAGCGGCUGCUGCAGUGCUGCAGCACCUUUGCGGGGCGAUGGCAGAUGCGACGGAAUUUCCUGGAGUGGAGGGCGGCAGCGGCAGAGAGCCUCGACAUGCAGCCUCGGGGCCUCGAGGAGGGCGCAACAGAAGUGCUUCAUGGCCAUCCAGCACUUUGCCAAUCGUUUGGUGUGGCAGAGCUUGCAGGAUUGGCGUCAGGCUCUCAAGCACAUGCACUUGGAAAAUGCUAUGGAGAUGCACAAGCGAGCCUUGAGAGAGAAAGUCUCCGGCUGGUUGUCGGCUUUGUCAUUGGCAUGUUCCUCGUGGCCAUCAUUUUCCAUUGGGCCAGACGAACCUCGGGUGCAGCCCAGUCGGGUGCAGCCCUGUCGCGUGUUUUGCACCGGUCAUUGGUGAAGCUCCCGUCAUCUGGCCCUAUUGGAGGCUUGCAGAAGCUCAAGCGUCGCCCCUUGGCUGGUGACAGCUACCAUAUCCUGGACCGGAUCAUUCAAAGAUCUGCCACGGGCGGCUAUUCCAAGAGGAGCCCCAAGGCCACCGUGACGGAUGAGGUACCGCUGACGACCGCGGAAGUGCUGGCGGACGAGCCGCUGGAUGGCGAAGAUCAAUGGAGUGAUGAGGAGCUGGCGAAGUGUUUUGAACAGGAAGCCUGCCGAAUCAAGAGGACAGUGCAAAACGUCGACUUCGAAGAAGUUUGCACCAUCCUUUGCACUCGCUGGCUGAAGCGCUUGUCGAAGGACACCGAUGAGAAGCGAGAAGGCAAGAGUCUUCGGGCCCUGCUCCGAAGCCGUGCCUUAGACAUCCUCCUCUCCACCUUGAUAGAGACAGAGGUCGGACGACAAGCCAUUUAUGUUGCGGCCAGCACGGAUCCGGAGAGGGAGAGCAUGGACUGCAGUCACAUCUCUCCAGCCGUCCCGUUGCGGCUGCUUCUGUACAAAGGAUCAGACGUGCCCUCCGUUCUGAUGGAUUCCCUGCUGAAGUUGCUCUCCACCGUGGGUCGUGCUAGCACCGGCUUGGAAGACCUCCAUUGGGUCCUGCUGCUCCUCAGCGCAGCCACGCUGGACGCCAGCGAGGUCUAUGUGCGCCGGAGCCGACGGGGCAUCGAUGCGAUUGAGAAGAGCGCAGCAGAGAUAAGGGACAUGUGGAAGGAGAUGUCCCAAGGUAUUGGUGAGGCUGCCACAAGUGCCGUGAAGCUGGGGGACGCUGUUUGGGCCGAGUGGCCACGCAACGGGCGAUGGUUUCGGGGCGAGGUCACCGAACUGCAGCAGGAGCAGGCAAUGAUCAAAUGGCUCCAGCGGCCCAGCAAUGUCAAGGGUGGCCAAGAAGAUGAUUAUUUGGUGUCUGUGGUUGGUGAGGACUUCGACUUUGAACAAUCGACAGCUGUGAUCAAUGUCGCUGUGCUUCCUGCGAUGUUCAUGCGCCCACAGCCUAUCCCAGAACAAGAGGAGGAUGGCUGGUCACAGCUCAUGGAAACAGCAGAGAGCCUGACGAACAAGUACCACCAGCUGCGGGCCUUGUUCGAAAACCUCGGAAAGGACGAGAAGCCCUCGGAGCGGAAGAAGGUGGCCGACUUCGAGAGGAAGAAGUUGGCUGAGGCCACCAAGGCAGACGGAGCGAAGACAGUGGACGAGUGGAAGCAUGGGACGAGUGAAAGUAUAGGUGGCACGUACAGGUCAAUGUGA